CGAUCAAGGCACCCCACUUUUUUUUUGUGUUUCUAGCUUUUUGCUUCAUACUUUUUUUAUUCACAUUCUACCUCUCAUACACCCUUAUUUUCUUUCAUAUGAGUUUCGGCAUGGAGCUCGUUAAGCUCUCACGUGAAUUACCAGCUCCGCUGCAGCGUUCUUGCUGAAGCCUGUCCUCACCCGUCAAGUAAUUGACCCGCUCACCUAGCAUGUCUCAAUGCGAAGUGCCUGCUCCAAUCUAUAUCUUUCGAGGGCAUAAUAGCCAAGUCAACACGCUAUGCUGGCUCGACGGUGACAAGUAUUUUUGUUCCGGUGAUCUAGAGGGCAACAUGAUUCUAUGGGACGUUGAAACUCGCAGGCCGAAGCAGCAAUGGCGUGCUCAUACAGAGAGUGUACUAUCUAUUCAAGCCAUCGACGCAACCACGCUAGUAAGCCAAGGAAGAGAUAACCGUAUCCACACAUGGAAAUUGGAAACCUUGACGAGUUCUAGCCCUACGCCUCACUCAACCUUACUUUACAAUUCCGUGACCUUUUGUAAAGUUGCCCUGUGCAGCCAUGAUGAUCACACCUUGAUAGCGGUUCCAUCCCACAUGGAUCCUGGCUUGAUUGAUAUAUACGAUCUAUUUUCACAGUGGAGACAAGUGGCGGAUAUCGGGCAAGAGGAAAUCGUCACUGCUGAUAGUCGGGACACUGCAAUGUGUCUUUCCAUGUUCGAGCGAGGGACUCACGUGCAUUUAUUGGCGGGGUAUGAAAGUGGACGAUUAGUGUUGCGGAUUAUCUCGGGAGAUAAGACUGACACUAUCUGGGCAACACAAGCACACACCGCUCCAGUUCUAUCGGCUAGUGUUCUCUCCGAUUUAGUGUUCAGCGGCUGUAGUGAUGGUCUGAUCGUUCGUUCUAAGCUAGACGACCCAACCGACCAUCCCAUCACUAAUCAGUCCAAACGAGGCUUGGAGCAAAUAUGCAUUCGAAGCGAUGCAAAGAUUAUCGCAACCGCAGGGUGGGACAGCAGAAUUCGAAUCUUUUCCGCUAAAACGCUCAAGCCUUUGGCCGUUCUAACUUAUCAUCGCGAAAGCGUGUACUCUGUGGCAUUUUGCGCUUUACCUUCAGCACGUCAUUAUCUGGUUGGCGCAAGUAAAGACCAUCGCAUCAGUUUAUGGGAGAUCUAUUGAUUGUCAUGUCCGACGGUGCCAAAACCCACCCACACCAACCAAAUGAAAAAAUUGAUAGGCAAUCCAACGUAAUGCUGGAUGCUUUUGCCGUAAAAUAAUAUAAAUACCAUGAACAAAAUAU